CUGACAGCUUGGGUCAUGGCGACGCUAACAGAGACAGACUACGCUCGUGUCUCCACAGAUGCAGCCGAGCGCUUCGUAGACCUCUACUACUCCGCGCUCGACGGCUCGCGGAGCUCAAUCAAAACGUACUACGUGCCCACCAUCGUCCAGGACAACGGCCGCGGUCUCCCUAGUAUCUCUUACAACGGCGAACUGCUCGCGGACUCUGCUGCUUUUCAGGAGCGAUGGGAGAAACAAAUGCCGUGGACUCACUUUGAGGCGCAGAGCGUGAACGUGCAUGUUAUGAACCCCACUAUGAUGCCGGGCGCGGGCAGGUCGAAGAAGGAUGCGGAGCAUAAUAUGAGUUUGAUUGUGCAAGUGAGUGGGAGUGUGCGGCUCGGGGAGAGGAGAGAGGGGCCGUUGAGAGGGUUCAGUGACAGCUUUGUGCUUGUGCCUAAUGCUGAGUUGAGCAGAGCGGCGGGGAAAGGUGGGCAUGGGAGGCCGUGGCUGAUACAGAGUCAGACGUUCAGGUUUGUCGUGUAGAACUGAUCAGAUUGAAGCGACGGUUUACAAAGUCGCAGCUAAAGAGCCGUGCAAACACCGGAAUAUCAUGAUUACUGUGCCACACGCUACUGCUCCCAAGCCCACCGUUCAACAUGCACACUACAUGUAAUGUUCUAAUUGGACCCUUGUGUGUGCAUA